AUGGCCCAUCAAAUACACGCCUACCACAUAAUUAACCCCAGCCCAUGGCCCCUGACAGGGGCUCUCUCCGCCUUACUAUUAACCUCAGGCCUAGUAAUAUGGUUCCAUUUCAACUCCACAACACUACUCAUUAUUGGCCUAACCACCAGUUUACUAACUAUAUAUCAAUGAUGACGAGACGUGGUACGAGAAAGUACAUUUCAAGGACAUCACACAGUAGUAGUCCAAAAAGGACUACGAUAUGGAAUAAUCUUAUUUAUCACAUCAGAAGUAUUCUUCUUCCUAGGAUUUUUCUGAGCCUUUUAUCACUCCAGCCUGGCACCAACACCAGAACUCGGCGGAUGUUGACCUCCAACAGGAAUUAGCCCACUCGACCCACUCGAAGUACCCCUCCUAAACACUUCCAUCCUUCUAGCCUCUGGGGUAUCAAUCACAUGAGCCCACCACAGCCUAAUAGAGGGAAACCGUAAACACAUACUACAAGCCCUAUUUAUUACAAUCGCCCUAGGAGUGUACUUUACCCUCCUACAAGCCUCAGAAUACUUCAACGCACCAUUUACCAUCUCCGAUGGAAUCUACGGCUCGACCUUCUUUAUAGCCACAGGAUUCCACGGACUACACGUGAUUAUCGGCUCCUCCUUCCUAAUCAUCUGCUUCCUACGCCAAUUAAAAUUUCACUUUACCUCUAAUCACCACUUCGGAUUUGAAGCAGCAGCCUGAUAUUGACACUUCGUAGAUGUAGUUUGACUACUCCUCUACGUCUCAAUUUAUUGAUGAGGCUCAU